AUGGUAUUAUUUGAUCAACACAUAAGACGAGCAAUAACUGCUAUUUAUCUUAUCCUGUAUAUUCAACACACAAGUGCAUUUAGAAUACUAUCAAAGAGAGAUAACUUAAAUUCAGGUACUUCAUCUACUGGCUGUCCUUUUGCUAAACUUGGCAAUCAGGCUAAUUCUGGGAUUGAUACUGCUAACGAUAUUCUUGGUCCAAUUUUCUCCAGCGUUGCAGAGCCUUUACUUACACACGGUGAACAAAUUCGACCAGAACCAGGAUUUUAUUACCAAGAGCCGAAUAUUACUGCUAAUCCUCCUGAUCAACGAGGUGUUUGUCCUGGUUUAAAUCUUCUUGCCAACUAUGGUUAUUUACCACGAAACGGUAUUGUAACCCUUGCACAAGUACUUGAAGCUACUAGUCGUGGAUUUAAUAUGGGUACAGAUCUUGCACUUGUUCUCGCUGCUACUACAAUUUUUACCAGUGGAAACAUUCUUACCGAAACAUUUUCUAUUGGUGGUCCUGAUCUACGUGUAGGAAUUGGUAAUGUCGGAGGAUUAGAUAGACACAACACUGUCGAAUGUGAUAUUUCUCCAAAUCGAGAAGACUACUACACGGGCAAGUGUGAUAAUCAUCAUCUAUCGUCUCGCAUAUUCAAGCAAAAUGUGAAAUGUGCCGAACAACAAUGCGGACUUUUUAAUCUUGAUGCGAUGACUCAACAGUACUCACAAAAUGCAGAUUAUAGUAAAACAAAUAAUCCCUAUCUUUUUUAUUCAAUUCCUUCACUCCUAGUCAGCGUGGGAGCUCAUAUCUUUUACUCUUACCUUUUCUCGAACGGAACAUAUGAAUUUGGUGGAACGCCAGAUUAUACUAGUAUAUCAAAUAUUGUUGGAGCAAAAUUGGUAACAACUAAUAAUGAUUAUGAUUUUGAGUAUGUUCCAGAGCGAUGGCCUGAGAUUAAUAAUUCAGCAGGUAAACCAUGGUAUAGAAGAGGAAUUGAAUUUGAUUUUGCUGCAUUUCUCGCAAUCGUACCUUUGGUGUAUGCAGCCAAUCCAGUUUUUCUUAAUUUUGCACAGAUCGGAACUUCAAACUUAACUCCUCAAACUAUUGCCUGUGAUUUUUACAAUACAAUUCUUCAAUUUACACCGGCUUACUAUGGACAAGCUCUUGAAGACAGUUUUAAUGUUACCACAUGGAUUAUUGCAAAACUAGAUCCAGUUUUCUCGCAAACUAUAUUUGGAUGUCCUGCUGCUUCAUUUAGUAACAAUGGAGGAAAUUGUCCUUCUAAUCAAAACGCCAACAAAACUAAUAAUUCUACUUGCUUUGCAAAAACAAAUCAAUAUUACAAAGUAUAUUUUCCAACUGCUUCAAAAUAA